AUGCAUUUACACAUCACAACGAUUUUGUUUAUCAUAUUCGAACAUAUCAACAAAAUCUUUACACAAGGCAUCCCGAUUAGCCCGUGUCCGAAAAUGUUUCAAUAUCGUUUUGAUGGUGCUGAAUGGUUUGGCAUAUUGUCGGUGCGUAAUCCGGAUUUUGGUCAAGCUUUACAUUUGCGAGUUAUUCUAUCGAUGAGGGGUAAACCGACAACGAAUUAUUUGGGUGAAAUUGAAUUGUUGACACGUGGACAAUUUCUAAGUGAGGCACCGGUACUUUAUAAAAUCAAAUUUCCGAAAAAUCACUUCCCACCUAAGUUGCUGCAAAUCACAACGAAUAAUCACGUUGUUUGUCUUGGCAGUGCAGAUCACAGUAUCUUCGUGACACAAAUACAAUUGGAGCAUACAAGGAAGUUUACAUUUUUAUCCGAGGAACAACAACAACAGCAGCAAGCACCCCCCAUACAAUCAUCAUCGUCCUCGUCAUUAUUGCCUUCGACUGCAGCAUCGAUAGCAACAGCAACAACUGUGGGUGGUGGUGGCGCCGUGGGCUCGGGUAGUGGAACGAAUGCUGCUGCUGCCAUCAGUUCGUCUAUUUCAAUGCUGCCGAUAACAACAGGUCUUAAGGAUUCGUCAUUGGUGCCACCGACAAAUAUAGCAUUUGGCACUAAACAUUUGCCUCUCACUUCCAGCAUGGAUAAGAAUCCUUUGCGCAUUUCCAAGGAUAUUUGUGGCACUAUCGAUGACCGUAUACGUUUUCAAGUUAUGAAAGCAUUGAAACAAAAAUCAGCCACCACCACCAUUCUCAACUCGGCGGAGGCGGGGGCAGAUGCGGCGACACGACAACCAUUUAGAAAUCCAUUGGAUAAUAUUCGUAGCAUAUUGUCAGCAUUAUUACAACGGCAAGACGAUAUUGAUGAAAUCCCAGCGGUUGGUCAAAGGAAUGAGGUCGACAGUGGUGGUGGGGGUGGCGGUGAUGAUGGUCGUGGUAGAGAUACUGAUGAGUCUAAUGACAACGAAGCCGGUGAGGACGAUGAUAUUGACUUACCACCUUUGGUUACCACCGAUAUUGACGGCGAAACGGAUUUCUUUGCCGACGAUGAAUCCGCCUCGGAUACCGGUUCUCUGACCAUCAAUGAAUUGCCGUCGAUAACACGCGGUGCCUGGCCCUGGUUGGCCGCCGUCUAUGUAAAUAAUUUAACUUCAUUAGCGUAUCAAUGUGGUGGUACAUUGAUCUCGACGCGUAUUGUCGUCAGUGCAGCUCAUUGCUUUCAGUUAUUCAAGAAACGUUACACCGCCAAUGAGGUAUUGGUAUUUCUCGGGCGACAUAAUUUGAAAAAUUGGAAUGAAGAAGGUUCGGUUGCCGCGCCAGUGGACGAUAUAUUUAUACAUCCCGAUUAUAAUCAACAUUUGAGUUCGUAUGAUGCCGACAUUGCCGUGGUGGUGCUGAAAAAUGAAGUGAGAUACAACACAUUCAUCCGACCGGCUUGUAUGUGGACCGGUUCCACAUCGAUCGAAUUCAUUGAAGGUGAACCGGGAAUAGUUGUCGGCUGGGGCCUGGGUAGUUUCAAUACCACCAAACAAAUGUCCACCACCAGUACCGUGCCAAAGAUAAUUAGCACCCCGGUUGUCUCCAAUGAAGUCUGCUUUGCUGCCAAUCCCAAAUAUAAAAGUCUAACAUCGAAUCGAACAUUCUGUGCUGGUAUUAUGUAUGAUCAAAUGUUGUACACCAAGUCACUGGCCUCCAAACCGUUGGUAUUUAACAAACAAUUACAUCAGGGCCCAUGCACUGGAGAUUCCGGUGCUGGUCUUAUGAUAUUUCGAAAUAAUCGUUGGGUUCUCAGGGGCACUGUGUCGGGAUCGUUGCCCAUGUUCGAGAUGCAAACGAAAAGAACACAGUCACGUGCCGCUACGCGAAGUUGCAGCAUAAAUCAAUAUGUAGUCUACACGGAUGUGGCGAAAUUUCUCGAUUGGAUAUUUGCUUUUGUCCUUUGA